UCUGGCCUAGUAUGUCCCUAAUGUGUUGACUAGGGUGACAACCAGUAUCCGGAGGUCACUAUGUAUUCCUCUCUGGCCUAGUAUGUCCCUAAUGUGUUGACUAGGGUGACAACCAGUAUCCGGAGGUUACUAUGUAUUCCUCUCUGGCCUAGUAUGUCCCUGAUGUGUUGACUAGGGUGACAACCAGUCACUUUAUGUUUGGUUAGUGCUCACUAAGCCGGACAAGUAGGUUUCAUUGUACUUUGAUUUUCUCCACAACACAAGACCACACUCUAGUUAAAGUUAAAUGUUAACAAGCUUUUGCUAUUACUCAUUUUGCAGUUGGACACAUUUGUUUGAAGUUGUGGAUCUUGAGACUCUGGAGCAACUCUCGUUGUGUCAUGAUGGUAGGGGACACAGGGCUGGCUUCUUUGUGGAGAUGGUUGUUGUCACAGAAAGGAGCGAGGACAAGUCACACAUAAGGCACGUGUUCCAGUGCGGCCCCUGGCUGGACUCGCACAACGAUAACUGCCACAUGGAGACGAUGCUGAGAAUGAUUGGUUGCUCAUGUACAGUGACUGUGAAGACUAGCGAGGGUAAAAGGACGGCCACCACAGGGAAGGUUCAAAUCACCAUGUAUGGCACCAGUGGCCACACUGCAGCCCUCCUCUUCUCAUCUUUAGAACCUGGGACUCUGGCAUUCACUUCCGGGGCCAAGUCUGAGUUCCAUAUCAGCACCGGGCAGGUUUGCUGAGUAACCAAGAUCCGACUAGAAUGU